GUAAAGGAACCACUGAAACCUCCCAACAAGUCCGCCUUCUUCAACUGACCAUGGCCAACUGCAGGCGAUUGCUUCUGCCUCUGUUAUUAAUCCUUUCCGUCGUCUCCGCCUCUGCCCAGCUGCCUUUGAACGUGGACUGCGGAACCACCGGCAAAACUGCGGGAUACUUGAGCAUGACAUGGGUUGGUGAUGAACAGUAUGUAAAGUCGGGCCAAUCUGCGACGGUGCGAAUCGACGAUUCGCUCAUAGUGCCGCUCACCACUCUCCGGUACUUCCCUGAUCAGAGAAAGAAGAACUGCUACUCCUUCCCUGGCUUGGGCCAAGGCAUCAAGAUCCUUGUUCGCGCUUGGUUUUACUAUGGCAACUACGAUGGCUUGUCCUCUCCACCAACAUUUGAUCUUCUUUUCAACGGGAACAGCUGGGGGACGGUGUUUCUUUCGGGAGAUAACGAUUCUGCAGCGUUCGAGAUGGUCCAUGUCACCAAAGUUGAUGAGGUUAGUGUCUGUUUGGCUCGUACCAAGCCCAACGACGUUCCCUUCAUCAACUCUCUUGAAAUAAAGAAACUGGAAGAUGACAUGUAUCUUUCCAUGGACACCAACCGGCCCCUAUACCUCAAGGGCAGAUAUUCCUAUGCAUCGCCUUCAACAACCGUGAGGUACCCCGAUGAUCCUUACGAUCGACUCUGGUUUACUUUUACCGACUAUGCAAGUUCCGGGUUAAGUCCCCUGACAAGGAGUUCGGACCCGAGCUCCGACCUAGCAGACAGACCGCCGGCUGCUGUUCUGCGGCAGGCAGUUACGCCAUCAUCCAGUCUGGCAUCUAACAUGACCGUCCCCAAUGCUAUAGAGUCGCCGUCGCCGGUGCCUCAUUACGUUACUUUUUAUUUCGUGGAGAUGUUGGCCAACGCGAGCAGGUCGUUCGACAUCUACUUGGACGAUCAGAAAUUUUAUGCCGGGACAAUCGUUCCAAACGGGACAGUGUUCGAGAUUGUGGGCUCCAGAGUCUCACUCUCGAAUAGCUCGGUGUUCUCGCUGGUGAGAGCCAAAGGGUCCACUCUGCCCCCUUUAAUAAGCGCGGCAGAGUUCUAUAUAAUCGGUGAUGCUUGGGUCAAUGCAACCGACAGUUCAGACGUGAAGGCUUUGAGUGAAUUUCAGAAGGGUUAUGUACAACUCCAGCCAUGGAGCGGAGAUCCUUGCCUUCCCAUGGGCUAUGCAUGGGAGUGGGUCAACUGCAGCUCUGAUUCCACCCCUCGAGUUACUGCACUAUACUUAAGUGGUUAUGGACUCAGCGGAUCCCUUGCAGACUUCAGUAACUUGACUGCUCUUCAAACAAUUGAUUUGCACAACAACAGCUUGAGUGGAAGCAUCCCUGAAUUCCUUGGUGAACUUCCUAAUCUGCAGCAGUUAAACCUGGCUGACAACCAAUUUAAUGGAUCGGUGCCUUCAUCACUUACUGGCAAUUCAAGAGGACUAAUUUUGAACAUUUCAGGCAACAACUUCGAUUCGAACAACCCAAAGAAGAAGCCAAACGGGAGCAUAGUAGCUGGAGCAACCAUUGGUUCUCUCCUGUUUCUUCUGCUCUUGGUGUUGCUUGCUAUCUUCAUUGUCAGGAGGCGAAGAACUCUUGAUGUGCCAGUCAAUAAUCCCAGACUGACAGUGCUGCCGGAACAGGCGAUCAAGCAUGAAUUCUCUCACGCAGAGAUAGUGGAGAUCACCAACAAUUUUGAAACAGUCAUUGGUGAAGGAGGAUCUGGCAAUGUCUACCAUGGUCGACUUAAUAAUGGUCCUGAGGUCGCCGUUAAGGUGCUAAAAGAUUCGCUUGAACGAGGAACCAAGGAGUUUGUAGCAGAGGUAAAGCUGUUGAUGACUGUUCACCAUAAAUGUUUAGUGUCGUUUAUCGGGUACUGCGAGGAGGAUGGAAAACUGAUUCUUCUUUAUGAGUACAUGAGUGGUGGCAAUCUAAGGCAGCUAUUGUCAGGAAGGGGUAGCACAUCUGUAUUUCUAACAUGGGAGACAAGACUUCAGAUGGCGCUCAGUGUGGCAACAGGGUUGGACUAUUUACAUUCAGGGUGUUAUCCAGCAAUCAUUCACAGGGAUGUAAAAACCACAAACAUUCUUUUAAAUGGAAAGAUGGAGGCAAAAGUAGCAGAUUUUGGUUUGUCCAAAUUUGGCCACAAGGACGAUGUGACAACGUUACCAACUGUAGUUGCCGGCACUCCUGGAUAUAUAGAUCCCGAGUACUACAGUACAAACAUGGUCACAAAAAAAAGCGAUGUCUAUAGCUUUGGUGUUGUUCUCUUUGAGCUUAUCACUGGAUAUCCUCCACUGUUUAAUGUGUCACGAGAGCGUUUUCAUAUAGUUCAGUGGGCAACAUCAAGACUAACUCAAGGAGACAUCGAUGGUGUUGCUGACCCAAGGCUGAGAGGGCAAUAUGAAGUAAACUCCAUGUGGAAAGUUGCAGAUAUAGCAAUGUCAUGCACUGCACCAUCAUCCAAGAUGAGGCCUCGCAUGAGUGAUGUAGUAAACCAAUUGAAGGAGGCCAUAGAGGCAGAGACAUAUUAUCAACAUAUGACUACUAACACCUCAUGUCCAGAGGUUCAACAUUCAUCAUCAUCUUACGGAUUUUCCAGCUCACAUGAGUCAACUUCAACCUUGCCACUAGCAAGAUAGUUAGUCUUCCACUAAAGUUUCAAGUCCUUAUGAGGCAAUUUAAUAGACAACUUUUUUUUUUGUUGGUUGGUCUUUAUAUGACUUACGUGAGUUUGUUUUGUUGAACAUUUAUCUGUUACUUUUGUUCGCAUAAGCACGCACUGUGCAGAAAAGUGUGAAAGGCAAUAAACAU